AGAGAGGAAGAGGCGAGUGUUAAUGGGAGGAGAGACGAAGAGCUCCUGAUGGGAGCAGGGCUCCGACACGUCUGGAUGGGAGAAGAGGGAGACUGACGCAGACGGAGAAAUGAGCAUUCAUCACAGGAGAGUAAGCGAAGCUGUGUAAAAAUACAUGAUUUGGCCAUAACGUCACCUGUCAAAAACUUCAGAGGGAGAAAAGAGAGACGAUGCAGCGCACUUUAGUUAGGCCAGAGACUUUUGCUCCAACAUCUGGAGAAAGACGAGGAGGAGAGGGUGGCUCUGAUAGCAGUUCAGUUUGUACUGAUGGAUAGAGAUUUUUGGAGAAAUAGCAGGAAAACGGAGCCCUUGCGCCCGCCUCAGACAGAGCAGCACACAUGUGAAUUAGCUGGAUGAGUUCUGUCAUCCUCAGCGGUGCAGGCUUCCUCCUCAUCACUGACAGAACAGGCACUUCUCCAGCUGCCCGUGGCUUUGCUUCACCUCCUUCAUUUCUCCUUCUUUCCAACCAUCACUUUCUCCUUUGCAUUUCCACGGCAGCAGCCAUGUAUGCAGACGACCUCCUGGGCAAAAGGAGAAGCUUCUCUCCCAACAGCAGCAGCGAUUGUCCCUCUGAUAGCAAGAAGUCACGCAGUGUCUCUCCAAAAGAAAACUCGCAGAGUCCCGUGGUGGAGGCAGGCGGCAGCCACGGCCACAUGAGCACCGUGGAGCAUUACAGGCGCAUGAUGUCAGCGCUCAGCGAGCAGGGGUCCUUCGAGGAGCAGCAGCAACGCCUCUACCAGCUGGCGAGCAGCAUGGGCCUUCCUGGCCACGACAUACUGCGGGCUCGUCAGGAGGCGCUGGCUGCGGCAGUCAGGAAUCCCGCAGCCUUGGAGGCCCACCUGCCCUCAGCGGGCAGCUCUUCAUCAUCCAGCCAGAGACGUAAGCAGGGCCUGCCGCAGCACCGCGACGCGCAUUACACUGACAGAGAGCUGUCCCAUCCUCCGCCCCUCCUGUCCCCUCCAACUGCUCCUCACGUCACCUUAGGGCCUCACCUGCGGCCCCCCUUCCUGGGCAUGCCCUCUGCCCUCUGCCAGACUCCUGGUUACGGGUUCCUGCAGCCGGCGCAAGCGGAGAUCCUGGCUCGACAACAGGAGCUUUUAAGGAAGCAGAAUCUGGCCAGACUCGAGAUGUCGGCAGAGCUGCUGAGACAGAAGGAGUUGGAGAACCUCCACCAGCACCAGCAGCAGCAGCAGCAGCAGCAGCAGCAGCAGCGACUGCUCGGGUCAGACCCUCUGGGAGCCCUUCCUCCAGGCUUGCCCCCCGACCACCCGGCCCUGCGCAGUCUCCACGACAUCCCUGAGGGACACCCCCUACGCGAGGAGCUGCUCCGCCGUUCCAAUGCGAUGCUGGUGCUUCGCCACGGGGCCGCCACUCCCCUCCUCACCCUCAACCAGCAGCAGCAGCCAGGGGCGUCGUCCACGCCCAAGGACACGCAGGCGCAGAGCUCCGUUGUCGGGCUGGGUGCCGAAUCUAGAAAGGCCAAUCGCAGGGAGGCUCAGACGGAGCUCCGCGCCAGGGAUCACAGAGGAGGAAGAGACGACGGGGGAAGGGAAGGAGACUUGGAGGUGCACGACGAGGAGAUGAAGGACUCGGAUAGCGAGACGGAGAUGAGUGAAGAGAGGCGAGAGGGGCUGGUUUCCAAGCCCGACAGUAAACCCAGGGACAGAGAGAGGAGCAGGGGCAAAGAGGCUGGCAGCAAGGCGGGGUGCGAGAGCGCCAAGGAGACCGGAGGGAGCUCAGGGAGGCUGAGCGCCUCCAGCUCAGCAGAUACCGAGUCACCUAGUCGCAACCUUUUCACCCCUGGACUUGGCAAGGCCGAUCUCAAAUAUCACCUGCCACCGGGUUUCAUACCGCCAUUGCCUGCUCUUCACGCCCAGUCGCUGCCCUUUGGAUUUCCCUACGCCAGCCCUUACUUUCCUGCGGGCUCUUUGGGGGGUCUUUUCAUGGACGGGGAGGACUCAGCCACGUCAAACCCUGUGGAGGACGUCAGCAAGUGGAGCGUGGAGGAUGUGUGUGGCUUCAUAAGCAGCCUGGCUGGAUGUGCCGAAUACGCGCAGGUGUUUCGGGAGCACGCCAUUGAUGGGGAGACACUGCCGCUGCUCACUGAGGAGCACCUGCUCAACACUCUGGGACUAAAGCUGGGGCCUGCGCUCAAGAUCCGCUCUCAGGUGGCACGUCGUGUCGGCAGGCUCUUCUACAUGACAGGAUUUCCUCUGGCGUUCCCGUUUCCACCUUCUGCCGUGCUGCGUCCCCCGGAUCGGGACAGAGACCCCCCGCCCGCGGCGUCUGACCCCCCUCUACCCCUGUCUCUGUCCAUGCCGCACAGGCCCACCUCAACCAGCAGCAGCUCUUCUCCGUACAGCGGCCCUACGGCCGGAUGCUCGUCCCCCAAACAGGAAAACGGCAGCGGCUCCGCAGUGGUGGGGCGGUACGAGGCUAAAACCCCCUCGUAGGAGCAGACGCGCUGACGUGAGCGAACCAGACUCGCCGACGUUUGAGACAUUUCAAAACGAUGGUGAAAAAUUAGACUGGAAUAAGAGACUAGUGGACAGAGUCUGCAGUGGCUUGGAGACGAGCAGAACCCAAAGAAACCGGGCUGGAAGGGAGAAAUGCGAAGUGACAGAGGAGCGGAGGACGAGGGCGGGGGGGAAAGGGAGACAGCUGGUCGCAGAUGGGUUGCCAAGAAAAAGAAGCAGAGCCCUGCCACAAGACGCGACAUUCUUGCAAAUCAGGCAGACACUAGCGGAAACUCUUCUCUCCUUCCUGGGCAGGAGGAAGCUCUCCUCACUCACUCUGCGUUUCUCCAGAAUCCAGGAAUAAAGAGCAGUGCGUCUCCCUUCUUCUUCCUUCCCCGAGGCCAAGCAGCAGCGUCACCCUGUGCUGAAAAAGCACCAGCUCCCUCUUAUAUCACUGCAACUAUGCAUUCCACUGUCCUGAUACCAAAGAUGACCGGACGUGUGGAACAUGAACUCACCAUGUGUCUGCUUCUUUUUGCAUUAAUGGCCCCACAGGGAAUUGCCGAGGUCGGGCCUCGUACAGCGGACUCUGAGGUAGACCCGUCAUCCACUGGCGCUUAUCCCAAACGGAAGAGCCUCAUGCAGCUGCAUCUCAAUAAAUUCAAAUAUCAUUGAAAAGUUCAUUUAUUUCAGUAAUUUGAUUCAGAAACUGAAAAUCGUAUAGAUUCAGUAGAUCAGUACUUCAAUAGUUUGUUGGUUUAGAUCAGGGAUGUCAAACUAAGUUUUAUUUGGGGCGACAUCAAGUUCAUGAAUGUACUGAAAGAGCCAGUUGUGGCAAAAUAUAUUGAGAAAACGACAUUAAAGUGUUAAAAUAUGAAUAAAUCGGUGUCUGCAUUCGAUGACUUAAUCCUGAACAUCUUUUUGCAUUAAUAUAAUUUGGCAAAAUACAGAGAAACCUGCUUUGACUUCAUGAAACAAUGUUUAGGCACAACUGUUUCUCUGAAGGCUCCAUUUGUGUCUCUCUUUAGGGUUUAGAAGGCCACAUAAAAAAUUAUGGUGGGCCAGAUUUGGCCCCCGGGCCUCGAGUUUGACAGGUGAUUAUCGUACAGCUAAUGAAAUAAAAAACACUCUCCCCCAAAGAAGGAUUCAAUACGGAAAUGUGAGGCUGCUGUUAUAGGUGUUACUUUUGUAGUGACUUCUACCACACUUUUUCCCUCCACUCAAUUUUCAAUGAACACACUUGGAUACGGAACUUAGAACCGGUUAUUAAAAAAAAAAAAAAACUGCUGGCCUGAAAACUGAAUUAUGGAUUUUCAUUAGCUGUAAGCCAAAAGAAAAAAGAAAAACAUUUUAAAUGCAUUUGUAAUUAAUCUACAUGGAGUUCCUCUCGUUGAAAUUAUGUUAAUAAAACUUUUUAAUGAUGUUCUAGUUUAUUUUGAUGCACCGUGACAAUUUGAGGACAACUUAUCAGACAUGGAGAAACCUCAGAGGGCGUCUCCGGCGUCCCUUGUACACUUGUGUUGACUACUAUUAAAGUAGGACAAACAUGCAAAAUUGUACAGAAUUGCGCUUAAGAUGAAAAUAUUCUGGUGGUACUUUUUGUUUAACGUAGUUGCACGAGUAAGAAUUUCUUUACUGACAAAUGUGACUUGCUGAACUUUGGUGGUACUUUUGACUUUUUUUUCAUUUUCUUAAGAAAAAAAAAAAAGAAAGAAAAAGUAUUAAAAAAAAAAGAUGCUCAAAUGCUAACCCAGCAUAUAAAUAUGAGGACAAAAAUAUUUAUAGCAUUUUGAUGUAGUAGAUAAAAGCAGAUUAUGAUAUGUAUUAAAAAUCAGCCCUUACGAUGGAUUCCAAAGAUAACUUUUACUUUGUUUUCUCUUGGUUGCAGGGAAAAAAAAAGGCACAAGAAGCUCUUAAUGCAAGUGUUUUGAAUUUCUUAUGGAUUUUUUUUAACUAUAAAAAGCAAUGAAUUAAUAAAAAAAAAUGUUCUCUAGAUUUCCCUUCAGAAGUUUUGUUUUCAUCCUAUUUUUCUAUUCACCACACAGGUGAAAUAAAUCCUACAGAAAAAUACUCUGCCGUCUCUUGUGUGUUUGUGGUGGUUCUGUAAAAAACGAGCGGAGAGGGGAGGAGGGACGUGGUCUCCUGAGGUGUGUGUAGGUGUGUGUGUGUGUGUAGAAGGGGGAGGUGACCCAUGAGGGGCACAGUUCAGGUCAACACCAGCUGUUGAAGUGUGAGGUUCAGCCGCAGGCCAAGGCCUCCCUGCCUGUGGGGGCAAACCUGACCCUCUUCAUAUACACACACACACACACACCAGCCUCAGCGCCUCACUCACACUCACCUUCCUCCUUCAAAGCACCACGCUGUGUUAACUCUGAUGGGACUUCCCUCCGCUUCAGGCGAGCUCCUGCGCCAGAAGCUUCUGAAAUCUACUGCAGAGGAAACGUGACAGGCGGUUGUUUAAUUAAAUCCGUUUUGUGGCUUUUAAAACAAAUCCACACUGCAGCGCUAGAUUCCUGCAAUAUCACCCUCAGUUCAGCUGUGAAUCUGUGGAAAAUGUGCAGGGAAGCCCAGAUAGAAACGCUGGUU